ACGAUGCCAUCAUCUGAGUCGCCCUCCUCAUGCUGCGCGUCCUGUAUCAGCCUGAAGGACAGAUGUCCUCGACCUCAGGGACUCGUCAACCUGCUCAUCACUAAAGUCUGUUUGUUUGCUCUGCUGUUCGGAGUCGUCUGGUCCAUCACAGGAAAAGAGUGUUUACCUGGAGGGAACCUGUUCGGCAUCAUCAUCCUCUUCAUCUGCUCCGUGCUGGGAGGGAAGCUGGUGGGAAUGAUCCAGCUGCCCACACUGCCCCCCUUUCCUCCACUGCUUGGUAUGCUGCUGGCGGGUCUGCUAUUGCGUAAUGUUCCUUACGUAACGGACGCCAUCUUCAUUGACACUCACUGGUCUGCAGCUCUGAGGAACAUCGCCUUGUCCAUCAUCCUGACCAGGGCUGGUCUGGGCCUCAACCCUGAGGCUUUAAGUCGACUGAAAGCAGUGUGCGUACGUGUUGCAGUUGGACCCUGUAUGGUGGAAGCCUGCACUGCUGCUGUGGUUUCUCACUUCCUGCUGGGUCUGCCAUGGGUUUGGGGUUUCAUACUGGGUUUUGUACUGGCUGCCGUUUCUCCAGCAGUUGUUUUUCCUUCAAUGCUGCUUCUGCAGAGAGAAGGAUAUGGAGUGGAGAAGGUAAAUUAUCACCCGUUACUAUCAUCACUGCAUUUGACUGAUGAAAGGUUCAUCCUGCCAGAAGGGGAGGAUCUGGUAUUGAGGAGGACCCUCAUGUUGCUGGGUCUGUCCACAUUUUCAGUCUUCACCAGUAAUGUUAUUGGUUUUUCUGGAGCUGGAAGUCUCUGUACACUGGUGCUGGCUUUCCUGGCUGCACUGGGCUGGAAGACUGAAAAGGCACCAGUAGCAGAAAUGGUGGGUCGGUCAUGGGAUGUAUUUCAGCCACUUCUCUUUGGUCUGAUUGGAGCUGAGAUCACGAUUAAAGCACUCAGCCCAAGUACUGUGGGUCUGGGUAUGGCCUGCAUUCUUAUUGGUCUGGUGAUCCGUCUACUUGUCACCUUCCUGUUGGUUCAUUAUGGAGGAUUCAACCUAAAAGAGAAGCUCUUCAUUUCUGUGGCCUGGCUGCCUAAAGCUACUGUGCAGGCUGCCAUUGGCUCCAAGGCAUUGGACAUGGCGAGGAAGGAAGGGGACGAGGCCUUAAUUAAGUUUGGUUUGGACGUGCUAACAUUAGCGGUGUUAGCCAUCUUGACCACAGCUCCAGUUGGUGCACUGGGUAUCGGACUGGCUGGACCACGUCUCCUGGCCCGGCAGGUCAAAGCUUCUUUGAAGGUCAUUCCCAACUGGUCUCAGUUUUUUGAGUACGAGAAAAUAACUCUCAGCUGUGACGAGAUAACCUCUGGUGAAUGGACGGUGUGGAGAUACACUACAGAAGGGUCAGUUUACCUCUGA